AUGGGUGAAGCUAAAUUAUCAGCGAAAAAGCAAGCAGAAGAGAUUCAAUCCACUCUAGAUCCUAUGAUACCAAGUCUGAUCAUAGUCAUGCUCAAAUCACAAGUUGGUGGAGGUUUUUGGCUAGGGGUUCCGACUGAGUUUGCCAGACCUUUUAUGUCAAAACAUAAAAUUGUGAUGACAUUAGAGGAUCAGGAAGGCAAAAACUAUAAAGUAAAUUACAUUCCUCCAAAAGGACUUUCCGGCGGAUGGAAAAAGUUUGUUGUGGAUCACAAAUUAAGAAUGGGAGAUGCAGUGCUGUUCCAACUGGUUGACCUUAUGAAAUUUAAGGUUUUCAUUUUUAAGGGAAAUGGUGUACCAGACACUGAUGGCGAAGCAGACAUUGAUGAUGGUCUAACCCUUCUGCAACUGAAAGCGCGAGCGCAGAGAAGAACUCAAGGCGAUGCCAGUAAGAAUUUGAAGCGGGGGAGAAAACCUGUCGCAAAGCGCCAAAGUGUAGAAUCUGAAGCCGGAGGAAAAUCCUGCAGCGAAACGCAAAGGCGUGUUCGUUCAGCUGUUAUUCGGGAUGAAAAUGGAAGUCAGCAGCAACCUGAUGACAAUGUUAAUGUGGUAAAUUCAGUGGUUGGAGAUUUUGAGAGUUUCACGAAAAUCGUUAAGGAUUUGGUUGGAGAUUCUAAAUUUCCGGAGGAUGUACUGGAGAAAUAUUACAAUCUAUGCUGCACCCAUAACUCAUUCCUUCAUGCAAAUCUUUGUCCCGGCAACAAUGGUAAAUUAGUUGCGGGUAUGAUUAUCGAGACUGUGGAAAUUGUUCAUGGCAUCAGGUCUUGCAAACUUCGCGACACUUUCAAUGGUAAGGUGGCUGUCUGGAGAAAUAAAUUGGAAGCCUUUGAGAAGCUUGGCAUGAGCGUGGAUGUUGUAUUUCCAAGGUUAAACCAACUUGAGAAACUAUCCGAAAAGGCACUGAUAAGGCUUCCAUAUCAGCAAAUGUAUCCAGAAUUAUGCAAUCCGUAG